AUGAAAGAAGAAAAUCGUCAAUUAUUAUCUAAAUUAGCAAAUCUAGAAACUGUAUUUAAAUCGGAACCAACUAAAAAGAUAUCCACAAUGUCUACACCAUAUAAUUCACAUCAUAUAAAUCAUACGAAUAACACAACAGGAAAUAUAAGCAGUAGUGAUAAUGAAUAUGACUAUUGUAAUAUAUUGACAAAUACUCGAACACGAACUUCUCGUAAAUCUCGACAUAAUAGUAAAAGAAGUAUUAGCUGUACAAGACAACGUAGUUCUGGAUAUUCUUCAAGUAGCAAUGCUGCCACAACGAAAAAUUCAUAUUUAUUCUCUUCAAUGUCUGCUACGAAUAAUGGUGACACUGAUAUUACAGGUUUUAGUUCUGGUGAUGAAUGUGAUGAUGCAAAGCAACUUGUGGUUGAUGAAAAAGCUGAAUCUGGUAAUAAAGUAUAUUGGAUGCAUAAAAUAAUAGAAACUGUUGAAGAAUAUGAUCCACGACUUACAUAUUCUUUAGAGCGUAUUGGUUCUGGUGGAAGUGGUAAAUUAUAUAAGGCAACAGAUCACCUUACUAAGCGAGUCAUAGCAGUGAAAUCAAUCAAUCUAUUGGAUUCGAAACUACUUAACGUUACUCAUGCUGAAGUUAUGGCCUGUCGAAUACUUAAACAUCCAAACAUUAUUACAAAUUAUAAACAAAGUAUUAUGGAUAACUUUGAUCACGCUCCCACUACCUCAUUUUUUGAACCAUCUGCAUAUAAACACUCUUUAUUUAAAGAAAAUUGUUAUCCAAUAGAUGAUAGUGGACAUAAAGAGUUUAGCAAUCCUACUUUAUGUUUGUUUAUGGAAUACUGCGAAGCUGGGUCUUUGUGGGAGGUUCGAAACAAAAAACCACAAAAACGAUUUAAUGAAGCUGAAGUGGCGUUUGUGAUGCGUGAAGUAUUGAAAGGAUUAGAAUGCAUACAUGGAUUGGGAAUUAUACAUCGAGAUAUUAAAGCUCAAAAUAUUCUUAUAAGUAAUGAUGGUGGUGUUAAAAUAGCUGAUUUUGGUUCCUCUUCUUUACGAUGUCGCGCGAAACUAAAACUUGGCACAUUAUAUUGGAUGGCCCCUGAAGUAUUAAAAGAUCAAAUUUAUGAUUCUAAAGUGGAUAUUUGGUCAUUAGGUAUUUUAGCCAUAGAAUUAUUUGAAGGAAGGCCUCCAUGGUAUCCUAUGGGACAACGAAGGGUUGUGGAACUUAUAAGAACAGUAGGCACACCACCAUUACCAUCAGGAAUAUCUCCUGAUUUUGAAUCAUUUCUUAGAGAUUGUUUAAGAGUUGAGGCUGAAUGUCGACCGGCUGCAUGUGAACUUUUGAAACACUCAUUUAUGAAAUGUUGUGAGCAGAUCAACAAGCUGCCGAUUGAAAAAUGCUGA